GUGAAACCAAUAGGUCGAUGAAAUGGCUGACAGAAGGAAGGCGGAAAAUUGGACCGAGGAGGCGAUUUGUGCCGUCUGUUUGGAUUUCUUCACCGACCCGGUCUCGCUGGAGUGUGGACACAACUUCUGCCGCUCCUGUAUCACCCAGAGCUGGGAAAAGAAGGAGAUCAACUCCUGCCCGGAAUGCAGACAGGAGUUUCCGGAUAGAAAGCUGAGAGCCAGCUGGGCCUUAGGAAACCUGGCCGAGAAAGCUCGUAAUUUAAAACCGGAGUCGAAGCAGAAACUUCACUGCGGGAAACAUCAGGAAGAGCUGAAGCUGUUCUGUGAAACUGACAAGACAUUGAUCUGCUUCAUUUGCAGGGAUUCGCGGGAACACAAAACUCAUGAGUUCCUACCGAUAGACGAGGCUGCGGAGAUCUACAAGGAUCAACUGAAACCACGUUUAGAAUCGGUGACCCGUAGAAAAGACGCAGUUCAGGACACCGAACGGCGACAAAAGCGGCUCUUGUCUGACUUUAAGGAACAGGCGAGCGAUGUGCAGGCCCACAUCACAUCCGAGUUCGCUAAAAUGCACCAGAUUCUCACUGAGAAAGAGCAGCGUUUACUCAGAGAUCUCAGGGAAGAAGAGGAGAGGAUCCUGCAAAUCAUGGAGAAAAAUCUCAGUGGAAUCAGACAGGAGUUAAGUUGCGUUGAAGAAGAACUAUCAAAGUUACUGGAUCAGAUCAAGGAACAUGACUCGCUCAGGUUUCUGACGACCUGUGAUUCUCUCUUAUUUCAAGAUGAGGUUUCAAAGGACAAAGGGAUUGAAUCCCAGAAUAUUGGAGAUUCAGUGAUACCUGCCUCAAUUUCACUGGGAAGAUUCAAAGGGCCUCUACAGUAUAUUGUGUGGAAAGAAAUGAUAGGGAGCAUUCACCCAGUUCCAGCCUCUCUGACUCUGGAUCCAAAAACAGCACAUCCCCAACUCAUCCUAUCUGAGGACCGGACUAGUGUGAGACUUGGAAAUAAAGCACUGUCGAUCCCUAUCACUUCACAGAGGUUUGAUUCUUGGGCCUUUGUCCUGGGGUUGGAGGGAUUCACAUCAGGGAGACAUUACUGGGAGGUGCAAGUGGGCAACAAGACUGAAUGGGGUCUUGGAGUAGCCCGACAGUCUGCUCAGAGGAGAGGUGAAAUUGACCCAAAACCUGAAACUGGAUACUGGACAGUAGGACUAGGAAAUGAAAAUGACUAUUUUGCAAGUACCUCUCCCACAUGGACCACCCUCACACCCAAUGUGAAACCCCAAAAGAUUGGGGUUUACCUGGACUAUGAGGGUGGACAGUUAUCAUUUUACAACGCAGACAACAUGUCCGAUCUCUACACUUUCACGCAUGACUUCACUGAGAGAAUCUUUCCCAUUUUUGAUCCAGGAUGGAAUUUUAGCAAAAAAAAUUCAGCAGCUUUGAAAAUUAUCCAGAUUACAAAUCAUUGAUAGUUAGUUUCUAUUAUUUUGCCUUGAGUGGCAGAAGGUGGUGAUGAGUUGUUUUCAUUAGCCAUUUCAGUAUCUGUAGCAUAGGCACACCCAUAAGACUGUUAGUGAGGGUUUUACAGGAUCUUCACCCAGUGCAGACUCUUCCAGGUUUGACCUCACUGGUGGCCUGCAUACUUAUCAUAAGACUCUAGGUACACUUAUAUUCCAAUUCUUUUGUAACAAAAGCUAAUGUUGGUAAUGCAAUGUUAUAGUUGAUGUUAAGUAUUGAGGAGAAUACUAUCAGUGAGCAUAAUGGCAGUGUAAUGCAAAGUAGCAAAGCAUAUAGUUAUCCAUUUUGUAUGGCAAUGAUAGACUGGGAAAUGAUUACAGUCAGAGGGGCUUGGGUGUCUAUAUGAAUUACAGAAAGUUAUCCAAAAACAAUUAGGAAAACAAAUAUGUACUCUUAAUUCAUUCUGCAGCUCCCCACCACCUUCAAUGCCAAUUAGAGAUAGGCAACAAAUGCACAUGAAUACCUAAGUUACAUAGAUGGGAAAUGUCACACCAAGAGGCCUUUGUGCCCUAUCAUUUAAUACCUUUUGGAUAACAAAAGUUAUCCAAGUUUUAAAAUUUCUACUUUUAAAAUUAAUAAUUUGUCUAGCACAUUUGCUAGUUCAAAAUUUCUAUUACACUCUCCUUUAACAUCUUAAACUAAGAGGUCUAGUUUUAGCCCCAUAAUCAAAAGAAGAGGUCUCUUUCUGUCCUUUGAGUGGUUACUAUUACUUUGUAAGCGGUCUUAUGGUGGAAUUCUAAACAGAAGUUUCAGGUUCAAUUGUAAUUACUGAAAACCAUGGACAUUCCCUCCUCAUCAAGCUGUGGCAGUUUCCAGGGAAAGGUCUAACCAUGGUUUUGUACAAAGCUGUAUCAUGACUUGCCUCUUGUAUUCCCUCAAAAUCCAAAAAUAAAAACCAACAAUUUGUUAGCCCUUUUGGCUAUUUUCCAGAUGGCGUCAUGCCAUUUUAAUGAUCUGUGCAUCUUGACCUCUAAUCUUCUCUUUGAACCUCCAUUGUUUCCAGCUGCUCCCCAUUUACAAAGUACCCUGCUCUACCCCUUUCAGUUUCAAAAUGGAUAACCUCACGUUUAUCCACAUUGAACUCUACUUGUCAGCUUUGCCAUUCACUUAAUCCAACAAAAUCUCUUUGCAAUUUGAUAUUUCUAUCUACACCGUUUACAAUGCUAGCUAUCUUGGUGUUGUAACCACCAAAUUUAGAAAUGUGGCUUUUGAUUGCAACUGAAUUAUGAAUAAACUGGGUUGUGGCUGUAAUUGAGGCCUCAACUCAGAACCUUUUAUGGAACAAUACUAGUCACAUUCUGCCAAAUAGAAGACCAGAUUCCUUAAUCUCCUUGACCUUCUCAAAUAUUUUAAUCUUCUUGAAGCCAAAUCAAUAGCAUUCAGAAACAAUCCCUCAUCUCUUCAAAUAUUGAAAUGCAAAAUGACCUCCCCAACCCCCCUCCCCCCGCUCCAACUCCAUGCUCAGGCUCUGCAUGCAGCUGAAAUCUUGAAGCUGUUCAAUUAAUUUACCUUUAACUCUAGUAGAGAAUAUAUCCAGUUACUGACAUCGACCAGCUCUUUGAAGGAGACUAUACUAAAUGGUUGAUGAUCAUCUUUAUCACAAAUUGAUGAGUUGAAAUUACCUUGUUAAUUGGAUAUUUAUCUUGAAUACAAGUUAAAUUUUGUAAAGACUAAAAUAUGUAUGCCAGAGUAAAAUACUUUGUAAUUCGAUUCGAUUCCCUACAGUGUGGGAAUAGACCCUUCGGCCCAACAAGUCCACACUGACUUUCUGAAGAGCAACCCACCCCGACCCAUUCCCCUACGUUUACCCCUGACUAAUGCACCAGUUCACCUAACCUGCACAUCUAUGGACUGUUGGAGGAAAUCCACGCAGACAUGAGGAGAACAUGCAAACUCCACACACACAGUUGCUCAAGACAGGAAUUGAACCUGGGUCCCUCGUGUUGUAAGGCAGUAGUGUCAACCACUGUGUUACCCCUUCUGGGAUUGUGAUGUUUAAUCAGAUUGUGAAUUCUGGGAUUUUAAUAAUAUUGUCUAAUGUUGGUUUAUAUCUACUGCAUUAUUUUCUGUAUGAACUCAUGUUUAACCUUGUUAUGGUGUUAGAGAGGGCAUCUGUGAUAUAUCAAUAAAUGAAUCAUCCUUGA